ACAGGAAGGGGUUGCGGGGGGUUGCGCGGGCUGACGUGGACGGGCGGGGCGCGCCGAGUUGUUACCUUGUUGCUGCUAAGGGGGAGAGAAGAAUGGCUCUCCGAUCGCCACCUGUCACCUUGUCGAAAGCAGUACAACCGUUGAUCACGAGGAGUGGCAGUCAUCCAUUAGCCGCCGAGGCGAUUCCGCCAUCAGGGCCGGUAUCCUCAUCGUCAUCACCGGCGAGGUCUUCUUCAUCGCUAUGUAAAUUGUCAUCCACUUCCACUUCGCCCUUGGGUGCGUGGAGUAAAGUAGACACGUCCACGUGGCGAUCAGGCAGCUGCCGACACCAAUUCCGACCGUUCGGUUCUUCUUCAUCAGCGAGAAGGUCCGUGUUGGUGCCUGGUGCCGGUCAAGGUAGGAGAAUUGACGGCAGAGUGACAUGGGAAUCUGAUUGCUGCGACUGUUCCCACGCCGCCACGUAUCUGAAGAUCGGCGCUGACAUGAGAGUAGAGGCGAAGAAGCCCACGGCAACCUUGCGGCGAGGGGGCAAGUUGGGAGAGGGCAACAGCAGCAGGAGAGGAACGGGGUUGAGCAGAAAGGGCUCUGACAGCGGUGCAGAGCCGGUGUUCACUUGCACGUCAAGUCCAUCGGCGUCGUCGUUGUUGCUGACCUCGCCCACAUCCAGUGAGGUAGAUCAUAAGGAAGCGGGAAAGGGAAGCGCGGGUGAGUCAGGUGAAGCAGAGGAAGAUCGACGGGCAGCUGUCUCUUUUGUCGGUAUCGAUAACGACAAAACCGAUGCUGAGAAAUCGUCGAGGGGCCCCAUCGCGGCGGUGCUGGAGCAGCAGAGGUCAGAAGAAGAAGAGUCAGCUGAUUCAUCACAGGUGGAGUCGGGCUCGUCAUCACGUGCUUCAUCUGCUCUCUCAUCUUCCGUUUCCUCCUCCUCCUCCUCCUCCUUCUCCUCCUCUGCUCCCUCUCUGAAGUCGUUCCCGGCAGGGAAGAAAGGGCAUGGGAGCGGUAAGCGGGCGGAGGGAGAAGGCAGUGGCGGGGAGAAGGGGGAAGGAGGAGAAGGGGAGAAAGGGAAGAUUUACAUCGGGGGUAUACCGCCGAUGGUGACGAAGGAGGAUGUGGCUGCGUAUUUCGCGCAGUGUGGAAAGGUAGAUAGGAUAGUUAUAAUGAAGGGGCAUAAGAAGCCGGAGGUGAACAGCGGGUUCUGCUUCUUGUACUUCGCGGAGCCGCGGUCGGUGGAAGCGGCGGCGAGGGCCGUGGCAGAGCUGAACGGGUCGGAUUUUCAGGGCCAUAAGCUGCGGGUUGCAGCAGGUGAUGGGCAUUUCCUGAGGGAGAGAAAUGCAGUGACGGAGCCCAGACUGCGCGCAGGUGAUGACUCCUUCGUCCUUCGCUCUGAUCGGCAUAAAAACCGCCACGAGGCGGGCCUGCGCUUCGAGGAAUUAUUGAAAAGCACCAAAGCACCACCGGGUCCCCGUGCUAUCCAGCAAGCGUUCGAGGAAAUCGACCAGGCAGGCCCUUGUGGGGUUGACACGUGGCAGGGCCAUAUAGACAUAGUGGGCAUGGCGCAGGAAGAUCCGCUUGUGACCUUGGCUCCGAGAUUGCCAGCGCAGCAUGACUUGAAGAGAUCCAACGACCGUGCGGAGUCUUCGGCGGGAGGAGCGGCCUUACCCGUUAAUCCAACAUGUCCGCGUUGGCGGCGGGUAAUGCUGAAAGUCAGUGGCGAAGCUCUCGCCGGGGAAGGGCCUGGCAACAUAGAUCCGAAGAUAACCAUGUCUAUAGCACGGGAGGUUGCAGCCAUCACUCGGCUAGGUAUUGAGGUGGGUAUGGUUGUUGGUGGCGGGAACUUUUUCCGCGGGUCCCAUUGGGCUGGUGCCAGCGGACUGGAUCGAGCCUCGGCAGAUCAGAUUGGAAUGAUUGCCACCGUCAUGAAUGCCCUCUUCUUGCAGGCCUCGCUGGAAAGUCUUGGGGUUCCCACGAGGGUGCAGACGGCCUUUAAAAUGGCGGAUGUUGCUGAGCCGUACAUUCGACGACGAGCUCUGCGGCAUCUUGAAAAGGGACGUGUGGUUAUCUUUGGUGCUGGAACGGGGAACCCUUUCUUUACGACAGAUACGGCAGCAGCACUGAGAGCAGCAGAAAUCAAUGCUGAGGUCCUGCUCAAGGCGACGAACGUUGAUGGCGUAUAUGAUUCCGAUCCACGGAAGAAUCCGAUGGCCAAACUCCAUCACCGCGUGUCGUACAGGGAAGUUGCCAUUCGGGGGCUUUCCGUCAUGGACAUCACGGCGAUCACUCUGUGCCAAGAGAAUUGCAUUCCUGGUACGUUCGUAAAUCCAAUAGUAUGCCUUUCUGAAGACUAAUGCAUGUUCUUUCCAACUCUCUCUCUCUCUCUCUGUCUCUCUCUCUCUCCCUCUGUGGUGUCCUUCCUCACCUCAGAGCUGCGCUUGAUUCCUGGU